AUGUCCGUGUGCGCCAAAUGCAACAAGCCGCUCGAGGUCGAGGUCGACAACUUCGACAGCGAUGAUGAGGAUGUUGAGAUGAGUGGCGGCAGCUCAUCUGCACAACAAGCUUCACAUACCGUGCCGGACGAUGUUCACUUGCCUUGCGGAGAUCACUUCCAUUGGGAAUGCCUCCUCGAUUCCUACGAGCUCUCCACUUGUCCCAAAUGCUCGACCGACAUUUCCUCGAUGCCAGCUUCAGGAUCUGCCUCCAGCGCCAUUCCUCAGAUCCUCGUCGAUCUCAACAACGAGGGUGGUUUGCAGAAAUCGCUUGACAUCUUCCCAAUCCUACAGGAAGAAACAUAUCUUCGCGCAUACCCAGAGGAGCGGAAAUGUCGAGCCUUUUUGGAGUUCUGCCGUGAAGGCGACCAUCAAGCCAUUGCCGAUUUGCUGCUGAGCUGCGGCGAAGAGGACGAGGAGGACAUGGAGGAAUCAGGACCGAGCAAGUCAGCUGACGAGAUCUUGCGCUAUCAAGACACAUUCGGAGAUAUGCAGUCUGGCCUGCAUGCGGCCGCCGCCAAUGGGCAUCGCGAAGUCGCAUGGCUGCUGCUACUAUUGGCGAGUGAAUAUCCCGAGUUGGAAUUUCCUGCUCUCGUAUACCAGGAGGCGGCGACUCUUGGGGUCAUGCGCGAGGAUCAGACUGGUAAAGUUGACAUUCGAAGCCUGCGAGACGAGCAGGGUAGAACCGCAGAGGACAUCGCAAAAGAGGCCGGGACUAUCUGGAACGGAUGGAUUGGCAAUGGAAGACUGGCAAUAUGA